AUGGCUUGUAACCAGGAGAAGGCGCAGUCCUUGCUCAACCGCUUCACCACGAUGAAAAUGAAGCAGCAGGAGAAGCGCAAGCCCCGCGAGCGCCGGCCGUACCUCGCCUCCCAGUGCCGGGACCUCGCCGCCGCCGACCGCUGGCGUGGCGAGGUCCUGCGCGAGAUGGGCGUCAAGUUGGCCGAGAUCCAGAACGAGGGCCUCGGAGAGCACCACCUCCGAGUCCUCAACGAAGAGAUCAACAAGCUCCUCUGCGAGCGCAGCCACUGGGAGCACCGCAUGCUCGAGCUCGGAGGCCGCGACUACUCUCGGAGCGCCCUGAUGACCGACCUCGACGGCAACAUCGUCGCCAUCCCCAACCCCUCAGGGCGGGACCCGGGCUACCGCUACUUUGGCGCUGCCAAAAAGCUCUCGGGCGUUCGUGAGCUAUUUGACAAGCCACCUGAGGUCCGCAAGCGCCGCACCCGCUACGGGAUCCACAGGGACAUGGAGAAACAAGAUUUCUUCGGAUAG